CCCAUUCUUCCUAGUUCUAAGGAAGUCAUGUUGUUAUUUUCAUCGAUUUCAAAAAUGGUAGUAAAAAACAUUGCCAUCGGAUUAGUUUGCAUUCUGGCCAUAACCAAUUGUGCUACAUCAUGUUUGCAGAAUUUAUUUGGUGGCCGGGGCUGUUCAUGUCCAAGGUCUUUACGUAAAAACGGUAUCCUUGGCUACAAUGGUGGUAAAAACGGUAUCUUCGAUUAUCCUUUUGGUGGUAACGGUAUUUUCGGUUACCCUUCUGGUAGCUACAAUAGCCUAAAAUACUCUUUAGGAGGAGUUCCUUUUGGUUACGGCGGUCCAUACGGUGGCCUUUACAAUGGUCCAUAUGGCUCAUCAAUUAACCCCAUCACUGUUGGAGGAGCCUCUUCCACUACUAGCGAAUUGUUCGGUUUAACAGGUGUCCCUAGCGUUAGUGUUGGUGCAGGAAUACCAUUUGGAUAUAGCAGCCAAUACAACGGACCAUACAACGGACUAUACAACGGACUAUACAGAGGACCAUUCGGUUACGGCAGCCCCUACGUUGGACCAUACAGCGGAUUAUACAGAGGCCCAUACGGUUCAUAUUUCCAGCCAUAUAAACGAAUACUUGGAUCAUCUUCGAGUACUGGCAGCUUAUUUAGACCAUUCGGUUAUGGUAGCCCAUACGCUAGACCAUACAGCGGACUAUACAGAGGUCCAUAUGGUUCAUAUUUCCGACCACAUAAAAGAAUUAUUGGAGGACCAUAUUCAAGUACUGACAGCUCAUUUGGACCAUUCGGUUACGGUAGCCCAUACGUUAGACCAUACGGCACCCUAUACAAAGGCCUAUAUGGUUCAUAUUUCCGGCCCAAUAAACGAGUAAUUGGAUCAUCUUCGAGUACUGGCAGAUUAUUUGGACCAUUCGGUUACGGUAGCCCAUACGCUGGACCAUUCGGCGAACUAAACGGUGAACAAUAUGGCUCGUCUUUAAGCCCAAUACAAAGUGUUGGUGGAUCCUCUUCAAGUACUAGUGGCUCAUUCGGUUCAUCAAAUGGCCCUGGCAACAAUAUUGACAGAUCAUCUUCAAGUACUAGCGGCUUAUUAGGAACUUCAAGUGCCCCGGGCGUUAGCGUUGAAAAAUCUACUACCAGUACAAGUGUUGCGGUUAAAUCAUCGGGUGCUCCUGGUGCCGUUGUUGGUGAGUCUUCUACCAGUACUAGUAGUACGGUUGGAUCAUCAAGUACCCCCGGGGGCAUUGUUGGUAGAUCGUCUUCAAGUUCUAGCGAUGUAGUUGGAUCUACGGGUGCCCCUGGCUCAAUCUUAGGUGGAGGUGUAUCAUUCAGUAAUGGCAGCCCAUACGUAGGACCAAACGGAGAAAUAUUAAGUGACCCAUACGUUGGACCAAACGGCGAAAUUUUAAGCGGCCCAUACGUUGGACCAAACGGUGAAAUUCUGAGCGGUCCAUAUGGUUCAUCACUUAACCCUCUUUCAAGUGUUGGUGGAUCGUCUUCGAGUUCUAGCAGUGUAGUUGGAUCAUCUGGUGCACCAGGCUCAAUCGUUGGACCAAACAGACAAAUAAUUAGUGGCCCAUACAUUGGACCAAACGGUGAAAUUCUGAGCGGCCCAUAUGGCUCAUCUCUUAACCCUCUUUCAAGUGUUGGUGGAUCGUCUUCGAGUUCUAGCAGUGUAGUUGGAUCAUCUGGUGCACCUGGCUCCAUCUUAGGUGGAGGUGUACCAUUCGGUAACAACGGCCCAUACGUAGGACCAAACGGACAAAUAAUUAGUGGCCCAUACGUUGGACCAAACAGAGAAAUUCUAAGCGGCCCAAACGGCGGGUUAUACAGCGGACCAUAUGGUUCAUAUCUUAACCCUCUUUCAAGUGUUGGUGGAUCGUCUUCGAGUUCUAGCAGUGUAGUUGGAUCAUCUGGUGCACCUGGCUCCAUCUUAGGUGGAGGUGGACCAUUCGGUAAAAACGGCCCAUACGUAGGACCAAACGGACAAAUAAUUAGUGGCCCAUACGUUGAACCAAACGGUGAAAUUUUAAGCGGCCCAUACGGUGGGCUAUACAGCGGUCCAUAUGGCUCAUCUCUUAACCCUCUCUCAAGUGUUGGUGGAUCAUCUUCGAGUUCUAGCGGUGUAGUUGGAUCAACUGGUGCCUCUGGCUCCAUCUUAGGUGGAGGUGGACCAUUCGGUAACAACAGCCCAUACGUAGGACCAAACGGACAAAUAACUAGUGGCCUAUACGGUGGGUUAUACAGCGGUCCAUAUGGCUCAACUCUUAACCCUCUCUCAAGUGUUGGUGGAUCAACUUCGAGUUCUAGCGGUGUAAUUGGAUCAUCUGGUGCACCUGGCUCAAUUGUUGGUGGAUCUUCUUCGAGUUCUAGCGGUGUAGUUGAAUCAACUAGUGCCCCUGGCUCAAUCGUUGGUGGAUCUUCUUCGAGUUCUAGCGGUGUAGUUGGAUCAUCUGGUGCACCUGGCUCCAUCUUAGGUGGAGGUGUACCAUUCGGUAACAACGGCCCAUACGUAGGACCAAACGGACAAAUAAUUAGUGGCCCAUACGGUGGGCUAUACAGCGGUCCAUAUGGCUCAUCUCUUAACCCUCUUUCAAGUGUUGGUGGAUCAUCUUCGAGUUCUAGCGGUGUAAUUGGAUUAUCUGGUGCACCUGGCUCAAUCGUUGGACCAAACGGACAAAUAAUUAGUGGCCCAUACGUUGGACCAAACGGUGAAAUUUUAAGCGGCCCAUACGGUGGGCUUUACAGCGGUCCAUAUGGCUCAUCACUUAACCCUCUUUCAAGUGUUGGUGAAUCAACUUCGAGUUCUAGCGGUGUAAUUGGAUCAUCUGGUGCACCUGGCUCAAUCGUUGGUGGAUCUUCUUCGAGUUCUAGCGGUGUAGUUGGAUCAACUGGUGCCCCUGGCUCAAUCGUUGGUGGAUCGUCUUCGAGUUCUAGCGGUGUAGUUGGAUCAACUGGUGCCCCUGGCUCAAUCGUUGGUGGAUCGUCUUCGAGUUCUAGCGGUGUAGUUGGAUCAUCUGGUGCACCUGGCUCCAUCUUAGGUGGAGGUGUACCAUUCGGUAACAACGGCCCAUACGUUGGACCAAACGGUGAAAUUUUAAGCGGCCCAUACGGUGGGCUAUACAGCGGCCCAUAUGGCUCAUCUCUUAACCCUUUUUCAAGUGUUGGUGGAUCAUCUUCGAGUUCUAGCGGUGUACUUGGAUCAACUGGUGCUCCUGGCUCCAUCUUAGGUGGAGGUGUACCAUUCGGUAACAACGGCCCAUACGUAGGACCGAACGGACAAAUAAUUAGUGGCCCAUACGGUGGGCUAUACAGCGGUCCAUAUGGCUCAACUCUUAACCCUCUUUCAAGUGUUGGUGGAUCAUCUGGUGCCCCUGGCUCAAUCGUUGGUGGAUCGUCUUCGAGUUCUAGCGGUGUAAUUGGAUUAUCUGGUGCACCUGGCUCAAUCGUUGGACCAAACGGACAAAUAAUUAGUGGCCCAUACGUUGGACCAAACGGUGAAAUUUUAAGCGGCCCAUACGGUGGGCUAUACAGCGGCCCAUAUGGCUCAUCUCUUAACCCUCUUUCAAGUGUUGGUGGAUCAUCUUCGAGUUCUAGCGGUGUACUUGGAUCAACUGGUGCUCCUGGCUCAAUCGUUGGUGGAUCUUCUUCGAGUUCUAGCGGUGUAGUUGGAUCAUCUGGUGCACCUGGCUCCAUCUUAGGUGGAGGUGUACCAUUCGGUAACAACGGCCUAUACGUAGGACCAAACGGACAAAUAAUUAGUGGCCCAUACGUAGGACCGAACGGACAAAUAAUUAGUGGCCCAUACGGUGGGUUAUACAGCGGUCCAUAUGGCUCAUCUCUUAACCCUCUUUCAAGUGUUGGCGGAUCGUCUUCGAGUUCUAGUGGUGUAGUUGGAUCAACUGGUGCCCCCGCCUCAAUCGUUGGUGGGUCACCUUUGGUUUCCAUCUUAGGUGGAGGUGUAUCAUUCGGUAACGGCAGCCCAUACGUUGGGCCAAACGGUGGACUAUUGAGUGCCCCAUACAGAGGUCUAUACAGUGGUCCUUAUGGCUCAUCUCUUAACCCCAUACAAAGUGUUGGUGGAUCGUCUUCUAGUACUAGCGAAGCUAUCGGAUCAUCGGGUGACCCAAUCUUGGGGGCUGGAGGUAGAUUACCUUAUGGUUACAUUAGACCGUACGGGUCAGCUCUAAACUCCAUUGUUUUUCUCGGUGGAUCAGGAACUCCGUUUAAUAAGAAUAUAGGUGGACGCAAUUGCAAAUGUGUGUGCUCAUAACAACCCACUGAUUUAAGUAUGUAACAUUGCUUCAUAACAAUUAAUAUUUGCUCAUCAUAUUUAUGUUGUUGUUGUUUCCCAUAUGCGUGUUGAUUGUAUUCACUCAUAUUUUAUUUAUAAUUAAUUUAAUAUUUAUAUUAUGUAUCUACUAAAACGGUCAACUAUUUAUUUUUUAAUAUUAUAUGGUUUUC